AUGGGGUCGCAGGGCCACCGCAGGGGCCCAAGGGGCCCCAAGAAAACCUUCCAGAGACCCAGGGUACUCAAACGGAAACGAGAAGAGGAAGACCUCGACGCCCUCGCCCAGCGGGUCGCCAACUUCGAUCCGAAAACUGCGCCGCCGCCGGAGAACUUCGUUGACCUCCCAUUGUGUCAAGCCACCCAAGAUGGACUCGCGGCCUCGCACUUCAAAACCUUGACCACCAUCCAGAGCAGAACUAUUCCGCUGGCGCUGCAGGGUGCGGAUAUCUUGGGCGCAGCGAAAACGGGUUCGGGCAAGACACUGGCAUUUCUGGUACCUGUUCUGGAGAACUUGUACCGCAAGAGAUGGACCGACUACGAUGGCCUGGGAGCGUUGAUUCUCUCUCCCACUCGAGAGCUGGCCAUCCAGAUCUUCGAAGUUCUGCGGAAAGUUGGCCGCAACCACACUUUCUCCGCCGGGUUGGUGAUUGGAGGGAAAAGCCUACAAGAGGAGAGAGAACGACUCGGACGUAUGAAUAUUCUGGUCGCCACACCGGGUCGGAUGCUACAGCACAUGGACCAGACAGCAGAAUUGGACAUUGGAAAUCUACAAAUGCUGGUGUUGGACGAGGCCGACCGAAUUAUGGACAUGGGGUUCAAGCAGACUAUUGACGCCCUGCUCGAGCACCUCCCCCCGGACAGGCAGACUCUCAUGUUCAGCGCCACUCAGACUAAGAAGGUUUCUGACCUUGCAAGAUUGAAUCUGAAAGAACCGGAAUUCGUCUCUGUCCACGAAGCAGCCGACAGCGCAACGCCCUCGUCACUGCAACAGAACUACGUCGUCACACCACUGCCAGACAAGCUCGACACCCUGUGGUCAUUUAUCCGUGCAAACGUCAAAAAGAAAAUCCUGGUCUUUCUAAGCAGCGGCAAGCAAGUUCGCUUUGUGUACGAGGCCUUUCGGCAUCUCCAGCCCGGUAUCCCAUUGCUUCACCUGCACGGGCGACAAAAACAGACAGCCCGAGUUGAGAUCACCACGAAAUACUCAAACAGCCAAUACGUAUGCUUGUUUUCAACAGAUGUGGCGGCUCGAGGAUUGGACUUCCCCUCUGUUGACUGGGUUGUCCAGGUCGACUGUCCGGAAGACGCUGACACUUAUAUCCACCGAGUAGGGCGAACGGCACGGUUCGAGCACGAUGGCCGGGCGGUGUUAUUCCUCGACCCCAGUGAAGAAGAUGGCAUGCUGAAUGCCCUAGCGAGAAAGAAGGUCAGCCUGGAGAAGAUCAACGUGCGCCAGAAGAAAAUGCAGCAGACCAUCCGCAACCAGCUGCAGAAUAUGUGUUUCAAAGAUCCCGAGUUGAAGUACUUGGGCCAAAAAGCCUUCAUCAGCUACGUGCGCAGUGUCCAUGUUCAGAAGGACAAGGAAACUUUCAACCUGAAAAGGCUCGACCUGGAAGGUUUUGCGGCGAGUCUGGGCCUCCCUGGCGCACCUCGCGUGAAAUUUGUCAAAGGGGAGGAUGCAAAGGCCAAGAAAAAUGCACCGCGACAGCUUCUGGCUGCGCUGGAGUCGAGUAGCGACGAGAGUGAUGCUGAAGGCGAGCAGCGUUCCAAGCAAAAACAACGGAAUGGAGGAGUCAGGACGAGAUACGACCGCAUGUUCGAACGGCGUAACCAGGACGUCUUGGCUGAGCAUUACACGAAACUGAUCGAAGACGACGAUGAAGAUGACGGCGGCCACGACGACACUGCAUCGAAAGUGAAAGCAACAAACAAUGGCGCCACCGCGGCCAAUGAUGAAGUGGACGAUUUCCUCUCUGUGAAGCGCCGCUUCGAAGCCGGCGACUCAGAUCUCGACCAGGCCAGUGGCAGCGAUUCGGCCUCGUCCAGAGGAACGAAGGGAAGACCGAGGUCCGGGUCAUCCCUGGAACCCAAAAGCAUCCAGCUAUCCAGCAACCCUGAUGCCCCAGCGCUGACCAUCGACUCGCACCGGCGCGAGAAGCUCCUGGCCUCGAAGAAGAAGCUGCUCAAGUACCGUGGGCGAGGGGCUCACCUGACCUUCGACUCGGACAGCGACACACCGAAGGACAAGAAAGCGUACCAGGACGAGGCCGCGUUCACGGCCGCAGAGGAGGAGCGGCGGGCGUUCUUGGAGCGCGAGGCCGAGAGGGCGCGGGAGGCGGACCUCGUGGACAAGGAGAUCGCGCGGGGCAAGAGGCGGGAGAAGAAGGAGAAGCGCAAAGAGAGGGAAAGGCAGCAGCGGGCCGGGUAUGGGAGGGACAGCGGGGACCUCGAUGGAGAAGACGGUGUCCAACUGGUUCCGUACGAGGACGGAGUCGACGAUGAGCCUCUCAGAUCUCAAUCUCCAGCAGACCUCGAAACCGAAGCCGAGCCCGAGCCCAAACCCAAGCGCCAGAAGAAAUGGUUCCAAGACUCGUCCGACGAGGAGACCACGACCGCGGCCCAGAAGGACCAGAGCAGGGAGAACAACAUCAGCGACAAGAAGAAGAAAACGAACAAGAACAAGAAGGACCGCCGCGCCACAGACGCCGGUGGUGGCGGUGCCCAGCAGCCGCAGACACUGGAGGAUCUGGAGGCGUUGGCCGCCGGUCUCCUUGCGACGGGCUAG